GCAGCCCCGGGGCCGUGGAGGCGGCGCUGGCGGCCGUGUGGGCGCUGUUCCCGCGGGGGCUGUUCGAGGACGCGCUGCCCCCGCUGCUGCUGCGGCACCAGCUCUACGACGUGGUGCGGGACCGCACGGCCGUGGACCGGCACCUGAACCGGCUGCGGGACGAGGGGCAGGUCCGGCUGCUGCACCUGGGGCUGGGCCCCGACGCGCUGGGCGUGGUGAGGACGGAGCUGUACCGGGACAAGGCCCUGCAGGCCGUGGCUGGGACCCCCCGGGAGGGGCUGGUGCGGCGGUUUCUGGACGAGGCGGUGGCGGCGACGCCGGAGCUGAGCUACGACCGGGGCAGGAUGGAGAGCCUGGGCUUCGGGGACCGCGACGUCACGCAGCUGGUGGUCUCGGGGGUGCUCACAGUGCGCGACGCGGGCAGUUGGUGGUUGGCCGUGCCGGGGGUCGGGCGCUUCGUGCGGGCCCUGCUGAGGGGCCGCCGGGCCCUGCUGUCGGUGGUGCGGCGCUCGCGGCACCGGGAGGUUCCGCUGCGGGAGCUGCAGAGGGCGAAGCCCCCCCCGGGCGCCCGCCUGGGGGUCCCGUUCCUGCUGCACGACCUGCUGGGGGCCCAGGAGCUGCUCAGUGUCCCCACCCCCGCGGGUCCCCUCCUGCGAUUGGCCGAGCCCUGACCGGACCCUUCCCAGGAUGCACCGGGGUGGCCCAAGGGGCGUGACCCUCGUUCAGCCACGCCCAUCCCCGGGAGGGGGGUGGGGCCACAGUAGCCCCCACCCCUUCAAACGGCACCGUUGUGGGUGUGUCCCUGCCUUAGCCCCGCCCCCCCGCGGGCCGGAGGGGGAAUCUCCCCGUUUGUGUGGGAGCAACAAAAGUGCAAUAAAGCAAUAAAAAUA